AUGGCAGCGUCUCCAUUUGCCUCCCGCUCCCCUUCGCAGACCGUCUCAUCGCCCAAUACCCUCCGACUGAGAGCUUCGGCGGCCCAGAACGCAUCUCAGACCUCGGUGGCCCGACGGCCGCAAAAUGCAGACCAAGAGCUUACGGAACAGCUGAACGAUGAGGUGAGGCAGAAAUACGUAAAAGACAAGAGGCUCGGAGAAGGUACCUACGCAGUUGUAUAUCUCGGCCACCUCAAGGAUGAUCCCAGCUCUCCUGUCGCCAUCAAGAAGAUCAAAGUCAAUGCCGAAUACAAAGAUGGACUCGCCAUGGAUGCCAUUCGGGAGGUCAAGUACCUCCAGGAGCUCUCUCACCCUAACAUCAUCGCGCUGCACGACGUGUUCUCGUCCAAGGACCAAAACCUCAGCCUGGUCCUGGAGUAUCUUCCACGCGGAGAUCUGGAAAUGCUGAUCAAGGAUGUCAACAUUCACUACGGUGUUGCCGACGUCAAGGCCUGGAUGGGCAUGCUGGCCCGGGGAGUGUGGUUCUGCCAUGAGAAUUUCGUGCUGCAUCGGGAUAUCAAACCCAACAACUUGUUGAUCGGCUCCGAUGGAGAGGUCAAACUGGCCGAUUUCGGUCUGGCCCGAUCGUUUGCAGACCCAAAUUAUAACAUGACCCACCAAGUGAUCACGCGCUGGUACCGCCCUCCGGAGUUGCUGUACGGCGCGCGCCAGUAUUCAGGCGCCGUGGAUGUCUGGUCCAUGGGCAUGGUCUUUGCAGAACUUCUCAUCCGGAUCCCCUUUGUGGCCGGCAACACAGACCUGGAUCAGAUCUCGAAGAUCUGCGAGGCGUUUGGUACGCCCACGGAGGAGAAUUGGCCGGGAGUCACCCAGUUGCCCAACUACAUCCCUUCGGACCGGAAUGUACCAUUACAAGGGCGCGAGUUCUUCCUGCGACAGUUCCCCAUCGCGGGACCGGUGGGUGCUGAGCUCCUCAUGUCGAUGUGUGCACUGGACCCGAGGAAACGGACCACGGCUCUCCAGGCCCUACGGCACAGCUGGUGGACCACCGAACCCAAACCGACCAAGAAGGCCGAUCUGCCUCGCAAAGCGGGUGGUGACAAGAAGAUGGGCGAUGACUUGACCCGACGGGGCGGCGAGCUGGACGACAGCACUUUCAAGAAUGCAGCGCGCCAGUUGGAUUUUGGAGCGAAGUAA